AAAUUAAAGCAACUUCCUUUUAUGCUAGUUCGUGAAGUGGAUUUAAUCAAGUUUCAAGUCCGCGUAGUUCUCUUCUAGAGAGAGAAACCAAAACUAGAGAGAGAAAGAGAAAGAAACCGUGUGGUAAAGCUAAGGAUCUGUCAGAGACAAAGAUGAGUAUGUGUUUGACGGACUGAUCUUUGUUUUCAUUUUCCUGAUCAGUGAAGAGACAACGGAUUUUUCAGCACAUUUGUGGUUCAAAGUUGUGUGCCAGUGUUAUGGUUUGCAGUCAUCCAUCAACUCGAGUGUGUAAAUAAUUUUUUAUGCAAUCAUACUGAAGUAUUUAUUCAGUUAGGGUUAUUAGUGUAUUGGAGCAGAUGUCUUUCCGUAGUAUAGUUCGUGACGUGAGAGAUGGGUUUGGGAGUUUAUCGAGACGGAGUUUUGAGCUGCGGUUACCGGGUCAUCACAGGGGGAAAUCUCAUAGCUCAGUCAGUGAGUUGCAUGACCAGCCUGUGGUCAUCCAGAACAGUCGCUGGGCUAGCCUACCACCUGAGUUAUUGCGUGAUGUGAUAAAGAGAUUGGAGGCCAGUGAGAGUACUUGGCCUGCUCGGAAGCAUGUUGUUGCCUGCGCUGCUGUUUGCAGGUCAUGGAGGGAAAUGUGCAAAGAAAUUGUCACGAGUCCUGAGUUCUCUGGAAAGAUUACGUUCCCAGUUUCCCUAAAGCAGCCAGGGCCGAGGGAUUCAACCAUUCAGUGCUUUAUUAAGAGGGACAAGUCAAACUUAACUUACCAUCUUUUCCUUUGUCUUAGCCCUGCUUUGCUUGUUGAAAAUGGGAAGUUCUUGCUGUCUGCAAAACGGACCCGAAGAACUACUUGCACGGAGUAUGUAAUCUCCAUGGAUGCAGAAAACAUUUCAAGAUCAAGCAGCACUUAUAUUGGAAAGCUGAGGUCAAAUUUUCUAGGCACCAAAUUCAUAAUUUAUGACACGCAGCCCCCUUACAAUAAUGCUCAGCUUUCCCCACCUGGCCGAAGUCGAAGGUUCUAUUCGAAAAAAGUUUCUCCAAAGGUUCCCACUGGAAGCUACAACAUUGCUCAAGUUACAUACGAGCUGAAUGUGCUGGGCACUAGGGGUCCACGCAGGAUGCACUGCACAAUGCAUUCAAUCCCUGCAUCUUCCCUUGAGCCUGGCGGAUUUGUCCCAGGCCAACCCGAGCUUUUACCUCGCUCCCUGGAGGACUCAUUUAGGAGCAUUUCCUUCUCAAAAUCAAUUGAUAAUUCGACCGAGUUUAGCAGUGCCCGGUUCUCAGACAUUGUUGGACCCCGAGAUGAGGAAGAAGAGGGAAAGGAGAGGCCAUUAAUUCUUCGGAAUAAGGCACCAAGAUGGCAUGAGCAGUUGCAAUGUUGGUGCCUCAAUUUCCGAGGAAGAGUAACAGUUGCCUCUGUCAAGAAUUUUCAACUGAUUGCUGCAACACAGCCUGCUGCUGGUGCACCAACACCAUCGCAGCCUGUCCAGUCCGAUCAUGACAAGAUAAUUCUUCAGUUCGGUAAGGUUGGGAAGGAUAUGUUCACCAUGGAUUAUCGAUAUCCUUUGUCUGCAUUUCAGGCUUUUGCAAUCUGUUUGAGCAGCUUUGACACUAAAUUGGCAUGUGAAUAGAAGGAAAAGAGACUACGGUAAGAAAUAGAAAUUUAGUGGGUAAGCCUUUUCUUUUCUAGGGUUUCAUAGGAGGGGUUUGUUGUAUGCAGUAACUGUACAACUCACAACUGGAAGGUGCAGAACAUCAGUGCACAUUAUUGGAGAGGACUUACUUUAAUUUCUCACCCUUUUUUCUUUUUUUUUUUUUUUCUUCUUCACAUGGUAUUAAUUGCUUUGAAUUGUUAAUUGUGUCCUUAUCUACUGCUUUGAAAUUUGUUCCUUUGACAAGAAAAGGAGGAAAAAAAUUAGACUUGGAAAUUGCCAUUGA